AUGCGAAUUUCAAGCUCAAUAUUCCUUCUUUCUCUCCUCUACCUUCCCUUCUCCAGCGCCGUCCUGGGAAGGUCGAAUGCGAACUUCCAAUGCGGUGUGAAAGUCAGUGUCAAAAAAUUAGCCAUCAAAACUUACAUGAACAAGAUAUUAAGAAUUCGCAGUGGUCUGAAUGGAAAAUGUAAUGGACGACAAUGCCUAAAACUUAUAUUGGGGGAAGAAACUGCUCCACUGCUUGACCUGGAAAUUGGAAAGUUUGUGGGCCCUGGUGUUACUUGUUUGGAGCCCGUUCCCGUGUCUACAAGCAAACCAGUAGCAGGGUUACAAUUUUUGCUUGCAUUGACUUGUUCCACAAGUUGUCAGUCGGUUCAGUUGAUUCAGCAAGACACUCGUGAUAUAGAUAAGAAAACCUCAUUAGCCUGCGUGAAUUUGAGUAAGGGAAAGAAAGUUAAACGAUCGUUAAGAAAACAGCGACCACUUUAA